GUAUUUCGUGUCGAACUGUCCAAUUGUGGUGCAUAUCACACGUGUAAAGCUUGUCUGGAGGCACGUGAUCCGUAUUGUGGUUGGUGCAUUGCCGAAGGUCGUUGCGCACGGAUGGAUCAGUGUCAAGUUCCCCAGCUUGAUCUGUUUACUCAGAAUCGGGCCAAACGUCGACAGCAAAGGAAACGAGAAAGCUCCGGGAUGAAACAACAACAACAACAACACCCGGAAUAUUGUUCGAAUAAGUUCACACCGGGCUACGCACUUCAAUCACCCAUUUCAUCAUGGUUACCCUAUACCAGUUCGAUAUCCAUGUGUCCUACAAUUCGUGAAAUUUCCCCACCCGGUAUACUGGGACGUUCUGUCGCAAGUCCCCAAUUCGGUCAACCCUAUUCGACUAUGAAUCCGAUCUCAUCGGUGGUUCUUCGUCCAGACGAUAGUCUAGCCAAUGACCCUCGGUUUCGUGCGUUCGCGUUCAACGAAUCCAGUUCACAUUGGCCUCCGGGUAGCGUUCCAUUUGAACCGCGUCAGCUGGUCUGCGCGUUCCGAGCCGCACCGGACAGUUGGACGCGGUCUUCUCCAUCACUACUUUCCGGUUUGUGGUUACCCGCGGAGCAGACACAUUCACUCCUAGUCAACAUUCGACCGGGACCGGUGUUGGCCACCAGUCCAGCUCGUCCGGUAUUCAGUCCAAACGGCACUUUGGAGGUACACUGCGAACCCCCUCUGAUUCAUAAAUUACCCUCAUUGCCCAAGAGACAAGCUGCAUUUCUGCUAAUUCUGUGGCUCGAUUGGUUCACACCGACCGGGAACAAAAAUAAUGGUGCCAAGCGUGAUUCGUACUCUUCCAUUGCCCCCGGCCUGUUUGCCAUUUAUGACUGUGCUCAACUGUCCGAUUGUCGUGCUUGUACUCAAAGCCGUUUCAGUUGCGCUUGGUGUCUCCUGGACGAUCGCUGUGUACCCCGUCCGCCUGGGGUGCAUGAUGUGACACACUCGUGUUCCGGGUCGAAUACUGUUUUUUCGGGUACCACUACUCUGCCCGGUGCGGACGAUGCCGCUCCGCUCAUUGUUGAACCUGGUCAUUUCAAUGAAUGUCCCCGUUUCAAGAAUGACGGCCAACAAAUCACUCUGAUGAGCGGCACUCCCCUAGAUGUGACUUUUCAAGUGUUCAACGUCAAGAUCAAUGUGACCAAAGAGCUCAGCGGUUUGCAUCAUCGUAUCGCUGAUCUCCAACCAGAUCGGGAACGAGAUCGAACUCCAGCCCCGGCGACCGGGAUCAAUUGCAGUCUGAAUCUGUAUUGGCACGGACACGAUUUGCGCAAUCGAGAGGGACAUCGGAUGAUCAAUGAGGAUGAUGUGAAAGUUGAGGUAUACUCGUGUGAAUUAUUGGCCAAACACUGUGACGAAUGCUUGGCUUUACCCACCCGAUUCGGUUGUGGUUGGUGCAUGUGGUCUGUUCCCGGUCAGACUUUGAGCGAUUCCCGAUUCCAGUGCACAAGAAGCAAACAGUGCUUACUCAAACGGCCUGCCGGGAGUUCCACCGGUCAAGUGUUCGCAGACGGAGCUCGAACGAUGUCCUACCGAACGAGAUGGCUCCAAUCGGGAGAUGUGUGUCCUGACCCUCAAAUUCUCUCCAUUGCUUUUAAUCUCAGUGUGAUGAUGCAUUUUUACAUUGAUCUGAUCUAUCUCCGUCCCAAAACGCUUACGAAAAUGGCGAUUGGUUUGGUGAAUUUACCCUAUCGGUUAAAACUGUUCAUCGUGUUUCGCUUGUCAAGGAGCCAUUCACCUCUGCUACUGAUCACUGUUCCAUCCAUGAUCAUGCUCUCCAUGGUUGGCCUGAAGUUAAACUGUGCUUUGCAAACACCCCGAAAUGUGUUGAUUCACAUCACAUGA